CAUCUACAAAACACAUGUGAAAGGCAUACAUAAAAUGGCACUGUGCACAUAGAUUUAGUUAAUUAAAAGAGAACGCGUGCCUUUUACACAAACGUUGUUUGAAAACAUUGACACGGCUUGGCCCGUUCCUGUAAGCGUGUUUGUGCGGUUGAAGUGGCCUUUGUCUUUUGGGGAGCUGCGUUCAUGUCCUGAUGCUGCGAGAGGCUGUUUAGACAUUUUGAACACGCAGUCAGUAACUGAAGGCACACAUCUACUGCAAGGGUAAGUGGGAUGACGAGCUACAAUCGGCUGCUGCUACGGAGUACCUCGAUCCUGCUCAUUGAAGAAGAAUAUUCGGCUGCCUUUUAUUCACUUGGAAGAGCUGAUAAGAUUAGCGUAUUUUAACCUGAAAAGCACAUCUCCAAGAUGUAUGGCCUCGAAUGCAAAUUCAAGCUGCAAUGUCACCAAAAAGAGAACAGGGCGUGCAAUGUCUUGGGUCACGUUUUCUCUUUGCCUAAAAGGGAACCCAGAUUUUGUUUUCUGACAAAGUGAUCGCUAAAGAUAAAAAAGCCUGUGGUCAGCAACUCAAAUGAUCAUCAUUCUCCAAUAGCGACCCCCCUCCAAAAAAAAAAAAAAAAAAAAAAAACAGACAAUUUUCUAGUUCAAACAGCAGUCUCUUAACAUUGAAUUAUUUAUCGACUUUGCUGGAGCUGACUCAGUUUCCAGUCGCUGGCUGCAUGAAGGAGAUCCUUUUUGGAAGCUGCCGGCAAUGUGGCGCACCGCGACUUCGGCUGAGAAAAGAGGGGAUCUGGGCUGGUCAGACUUGCCCUAGAAACAAGCUGAGGAUAGGAGAGACCUGCUAAGUCUCGGGACAAGGUGGACGUGCAUCCCACUGAGGGGGCUUCGGCUGCUGGGUCCACCGUCUUCCCGUGGUGGUGGCGGCGGUGGUCAGGAUUGCGGCAGCUGGGGGGCUUUGGAAACCCUGACCUUUGCGGGGAAAUUGCACAAGUGAAAAAGUACAGUGCUUUCCUGAGAAGGAAUCCAAUUGUUAGUUUAGGAUUUGAUGCACAUGAGCAGCAACACCAUGAUUUUCAUGAUCCUUGGGGCGUCCAUCGUGAUGAGUUGACCAGAUGCCUUGGUUGUGGGCUCUUACAGGCAAUAGCUUGCUUGGUGGACAUGAAUGCUCUUCUGGACCGCUUUCACAAUUACAUCUUACCGCAUCUGAGAGGAGAAGACCGUGUUUGUCACUGCAACUGUGGGAGGCAUCACAUCCAUUACGUUAUACCAUAUGAUGGUGAUCAAUCUGUGGUCGACUCCUCAGAGAAUUACUUUGUGACGGACAAUGUUACUAAGCAGGAGAUAGAUCUGAUGUUGGGACUUUUGCUGGGCUUUUGUAUCAGCUGGUUUUUGGUUUGGAUGGAUGGAGUACUCCAUUAUGCUGUCAGAGCUUGGAGAACAAGCAGGCGGUAUGAUAAUACCUGGGCAUGGAUUCCCAAGUUCUGCAAUUUGAAGAACUUCCGAAAACGCCAUCACAAGCAAUAUGAUGACACCACUGGGAACAUGGUACAUAUCAAGCAAAAGCUGUAUCACAAUGGGCACCCAAGCCCGAGACAUCUCUGACUGACUCUCCAGGGACUUUGGGGGGAUAAAAUCAUUUUUUUUUUCUUUUCUUUUCUUUUUUGUGAAAUACUUUUGAGUGAUUUUUAAAAGAAAUUCCGUAGAAAAUAAUUUAUUUUUCUUCAUACCAUGUGCCUCCAGUGGGGGUGCAAAAAAAUGCACAAUUAAUGAUCUGGAUACAGAGCAGCCAAGACAUUGCACUGUGCGUUUCAUUUUAUUGUUGGACGUGUGUACAUAUGUAAAACAAAAAAAAAUGACAUUUGCUUUCUACUUUCAAUCAAAGUAUUUGAAAGUGACCUGCACAUUUAAGCAUCUUCCUUAGGAUCUGUGUUUUAUGCACUGAGGUGACAGGAAGGUGUGACAUUGUGUUAAAGGUAAACUACCUUCGGUUUAGUUUUGCACAUUUUAUAUGGUGUGCUUCUGGUUUGUUUGCUGUGUGUGCUUUUUUGGAGGGGAGGGGGGUAUUUACAUUUUUCAAAGUGCAAUAUUCUAUUUUUCAGCAGACUGUGAGACCAUAGGAAUUUACAUGUAAAACUAAACAACACAAAACAGUGAUUUUUAUGGGAACAAUGGGAAAAUUUAUUGAUAUAUAAUAGAAAGAGAAAUUGGCAAGAUCUUACUGAAAUGAAGAAACUUGUAUUUAUGAGGUCUAUAUUUAUGAACGCUUCAUAUUUUCUUCAGUGAAUUUUAUUGGCUAUAACCCCUUCAGGUUACCUAGUAGCCACAUUUGAAAUCAUGAAGCAGAGCUCCACCUGUUGCGUUUUGUGAUCAUGAAAACUUACAUUUACCAUGAAACAGCAGUUCUGUAUUUCCUGAAAAUCAAAUACAGCUGCUACAAUCUGUUUCUCAAACAUACCUCUAAAAGUGCAGCAGAAUCAAAAACCAGAUUCCAAAGUACAGCACUGUAUUGGUUGUAUAUUCCAAUGAGAUUAAUGAGAUUUAGUGUCGUCUGUUAUACAGCAUGGGUGACUUGCAUUCUACCUGUCACAGCAUCCUGUUUAAAAAUACUAAUCAGAGGUAUAUGGUUGCGGUUGUGAGACUUAUAAUAAAAUUGCAGCAGCCAAGAAGUAUGUAUGAAAAUACUUAUAGAUGCAGACUCUUAACAGCCCAUGUUGUGACAGACUCUAUAACAUGGAACCCAUGUUAGUUGCCAAAGGUUCAGAUCCAUCUCAACCAAACUGGAAUAAAUCACUCACCCUAAAUAGGAGUAAAACUUCAGAAAUGUGUUUAAUGAUACCAUUUUGAGAUAGUACCAUUGUGUAAAGUCAUUCUUCUGGAAUACGUUGAAGAUUUAAAUGCAUGUGCAGAGGUAUUCAUUGGCAUUUCUUAUAUUAUAUUAAAUAUUUUUGCUUCCUCUGUGGUUAAUGAAUGGCUAAUAUUUAAAGGCACUAUAAAAUUUGUCCUCCUUUCAUGUACUCGCCUCCACAAUUUAACCCUCUAAAUAGUAGAAUAAUUUUUUCUACAAUUUGCUCUAAUUUGACAGUACCCACUAAGGAACAUAAAGCUUUACUUUCUGAUGGUCACAUUGCACAUCUGUGGAAAAUAGUGGAAUUGAACUUGGGUCUUUAUGAUAAAGCUAAUUAGUAACACAUAACCUUGAUCCUUGUAGGCCUUACUACCUGCCAGUUUCUGCAUGCAUAAUAUGCUGCACUGACACAAAGACCAGACUAAGAGCGAAAAUCUUGAUGACAUCAUAGUCUGUAGGAAAUGUUACAUUCCACUGAGCAAGAUUUAAAAAAGUAGAUGCUCAUGGUGGCAUUUUAAGCUGUACAUAUCCUAUAGUAAAUGUCUGUAAUUUGAUCUAGAAACAUUUGACCUGAACAGAGAGAGGAGGUCUGUUAAUACUGAAAAGGGUAAAUAAUAUCUUAGUAACUCUUUCCAGCCUAAUGUAACACCAGUGCAUAUGCACCCAGGUCUGCAAUCCUGCUAGUGGAAGUAGGAGACAGAGUAAAACUGCAGAUUCUGUUCCCCACAAUAUAAACUUGCUAAUAUUGACUCUGUACCCUAAGCGUAAGCAAUGUUGUCAUUUGGUACUUCAAAAUAUACAUGUACCAGGCAACUUGGUAUUACAUCAGAUUAUAAUCACAUAGCUAUAAAAUCUUAGGCACCGCACUGGCUAUAUCCUUGUCACAAUAUGAGAACUGUACAAUUCCUUCACAGAUACUUUUGGUUCUGGAUACAGAAGGCUACCCCCUGUGUUAUUACUGGAAUCUAGGAUCUCAUUGUCAUUUUGAUAAGGUAUUAUGGAGUGGGUGGUAUUGUUCUGUCCAUGUCUUAGUUGUAUUAGACAUUUAUAAUUAUACUUGGACAGGAAAUUUUGUGCAGCACUUCUAGUGUUUCAAAACAUGAUACCUGCAUGCAGCAUGCUGAGACAGGCCAAGAAGUUAAAGCAUGUAAACAGCACCUUCUCUUAACGUGGUGUCUGAUUUUCGCCACUUCAAACCAAACUGGCACUGCUUGUUUCCACAUGGACAUCAGCGCAGAGGGCAAUAAUACCUUACAACAGUCUACAUGUGGCAUCAACAAAGACACUUGAGACAAAGAGACUAACAUUACCACAGCAUGCAAGGGAAACGUAAUUUACCAAAACCUUUUACAGUCCUAGUUUGUUAGAUAGCUAGAGAUUGCUUCAGUAUCAUCUGCCAUAUUUGUGUCCAGGUUAACUUCCCUUGCUCUUCUUCAUUGUGUUUUGAAUUUUUUCAUGAUUUUUGAAGCCACAAGCUUUUCUUUAAAACUGUUGUAUUUGUCUUCCACCUUCCCCAUAAAGUAGUAUUUUCUCACAUUUCCAUGGUCAUGUUGCCGUUGUCUGAAUAUGCCCUUUUAUUCUCACACAUUUAUAUUUUACAUAGCUAUCUGCUGUUGCUUCAUCACCCCCCCCCCCACCCUCC